GAACUUGCUCAUUUAUAUUAUUUACCUAAGGCGCAUAAACCUGGUACUCCUCUUCGUCCAAUAGUGUCUGGUCUUAAGCAUCCAACAAUUAAAAUUUCAAAAUUUCUUGAUGAAUUACUUCGACCUUUAUUUGAUAAGAUGGCUGCAAAAAAGACUGUAAACUCUGGCUUUGAAUUAGUCAAACAGUUGCAACAAUGGUCAAGUAUUAAUAUGCGUCAAGAAACUUUAUUUUGUACUAUUGAUGUUAUGGACCUCUAUACUAUGGUGCCACAAACUGAAGGAGUACUUUCAUUAAAGAAAAUGUUAGAUUAUAUAAAAUUAAAACAAAUUAGUGGUCUUAAAAUUGAAACAAUAAUUAGAUUGGGUCGAUUUGUAAUGAAAAAUAAUUAUUUUUCUUAUGAUGGCCAAUUUUAUCAUCAAGUUCGUGGAGGAGCAAUGGGUUCUCCACUUACACUUACUGUUGCUAAUUGUUAUAUGUUCUUUUAUGAACAACAAACUAUAAAGCAAAUUAAUAAUAGCGAUGGAUUAUAUGUUAGAUAUAUUGAUGAUAUAUUUAUAGCAAUUAAUUGGCCCGCUCGACAUUUAUUUAAACAAAUUGAUCGAUGGAAUCAUUUUGAUGAAAAUAUUAAAUUAUCAGAAAAUAUUGGUUCAACAGCUGAUUUUCUUGAUUUACAUAUGGAAAAUCAGAAUGGUCAGUUAAUUACGACUGUUUAUCAGAAGCCAUCUUAUGAACCAUAUUAUUUGCCGUUCAACAGUGUACAUCCAUUACACAUGAAAAAGAACAUAAUUUUUACUAUGGCUCUUCGUAUUAUUAGAUACUGUUCAACCUUUCAAGCUUAUUUAGAUGAGCGCGAAAGAUUAAGACUAGCAUUAUUAUUUAAUAAAUAUCCUAAUAAAAUUAUUGAAGAAUGUUUUAAUUAUCGAUUAUUGUUAUUGAAAUAUAAAAUUGAUCAACCACUAAAUUUUAACAAUUAUAAUUCAAUUCGUCAAAAAAUUAUAGAAACACCUAUAAAAGAAAAAAUACCAGUGGACUAUGGUAAGACAAUGUUUAUUCAUUUUACUUAUUGUUUAAGUAUGAAGAUAUUUCCAAAAAGAUUCCAUGUCCUCUGGGAUAAAUAUUUUGGUGAAUCUCCGAUUAAUGAGGUCUUACCUGUUCUUGGUACACGUAAUGUUAAAAAUUUACAAAGGCAAUUGACCUAUACAAGAUAA